GACAGCCAGUAUAUUUAUCAUGGUAAUGAGUCUCUGAUGAAGUGAUAGACCCUAAAACUUGAGUGCUCGCUAAAUCCAGAUCCAGUCUUUGCAGCCGAGAUGUCGUCGUUUUAUUGGCUUGUGCUACUGGUGUGCAUCUGUCCACAAGUUUCAGGCCAGUGCUCCAGAAAGGUCUUCGAAGCAGACGAAUUAGAAGCUAUGAACCAAGUCAAAGAAACGGAGACGCAGCUCGCUCAACUAGUGGCCCUGCACAGCAACAAUCACACGAAGUUUCUUCAUAACACUGAAAAAUCCUUUCUCAGGAUGUUUCGUUCCUCCACUGGCUUUAUGUACGGCGCGUACAGGUUCCUGUUGUCCCGCUAUGACGUGAACAAUUUCUACACUGCUGGCAUCUCUUGCGCUCUCUUCGGAGGUCACCUUCCUGAGAUAUUCCACAUGGAGAUGUAUAGGUAUCUCGUGAAGAACCUGAAGGGAAACGGGCGAAUCACGUGCAUAAUACUGGGAACCACAAAGAGGAACGAUAACUUGUGGCGAAACUCUUUCCCGGAGGACGAGGCCAUAACCGAGUUCAUCAACGGCCAGCCCACCAAACGUAAAGGGUUCACAUUUGUGGAGAUGCGACGAGACCAGGCGUUUAAAAUGGUGGAGAGACGCAGCUUUACAACUUAUGACUGCCAACUCAUGUGUCAAAUACCAAAGUAAUCAGUCACUAAUAUUCCAAACUCUUCUAAUGUUUCUCUAUAUGUGUGUCUUAAUGUCUUGUCUUUAUGUCUGCCUUUCUUUGAGCGAAAAUGAUCUCCUCUAAUUUAAAAACAUAAAUAAAAAGAAUUAGUUGAAAGUGUU